UUUGAUGAACUGCUUUGUGUUCAAUAGCAUCGCAAGUUAAAAUAUUACUGCAAUGGUUAAUUUACCCGCGGUAACAUAAUUAAUCAGCAAAUAUCUCAAGACUUUUCAAGACCUAAAUGGAUAUGAACAAUGUGGCUCCGCAGUGAGAAGCGCAAUAGAAGCACAUACAAAUUUUCACUAUGCACAAACAAAAAGGUUAGGAAGGGAUUGAGAAAAACGGGAUGGAUCCCCAAGGCCAGAACAGUCUCUUUAUAUAAAAACUGCAUCAAAAAUUCAAAGAGAAAGUUCAGAAAAGAGAAACCUGAAAAAUCGGAAAAGUUAGCUGACGACUGCAAAGAAAACUAUCAGGCCCAAGUAGUCCCUGAAAUCUAUGAAGAGGCAAGCGACAAUAAAAGCUUGGCCGAAACAUUGAACAAUGUCUCUAUUAUUGAUAUGUCAACACCAAAUAAAUGUUACGAAUAUUAUAAUAGUAAUGGGUCCGGCAGUUCCUAUGAGAAGCCGGAAGUGCUAAAUUCCGAUCUUCCUAAAGAGAUAGAAUAUUCGACCAUUGAAUUAAACACGAGUUUAUCGGUGAGUAGCUCGCAUACCUUGGAUAAUGUGAAUUACACCGAAAAAAUGCAGUUUCACGUGACCGAGAAGAAGUCUUGUGAGUACCAAAAAGACAAAUACAAUUACACCGUUUUCACCGAAAAAAUAUGCGAGACUAUGUACUACGAGUAUCCACCCCUAAAAAAUGAAUAUCAAGAUCUGCAAAUAGACAUAAACGACUUGAAUAAUGUCAACACCCAGGAAUUCACUAACAUGCUGGACGAGGAGAUGUCUAAGAACAUUACCAUGGCCAAUGUUUACGAUUACACCACUUUAUAUCCGCCUAACAUCCCCGACGCUCACAUGAUCUCUAACUUGCCGUCGCCCGAGGUCGAACGGUUGGACAGACAGCCGGAACAUGUCGAAGUGGAAGAUACCUGGGAAGCAUUCGAUCCUUAUUUAUUUAUUAAACAUUUGCCGCCUCUCACCUUCGAAAUGAGAUCAAAGUGCCCCGCACUGCCGUUGAAGACAAGGUCGAGUCCCGAGUUCAGCUUGGUGCUCGACUUGGACGAGACAUUGGUCCACUGUAGCCUUCAGGAGCUGACUGACGCCAGCUUCCAUUUCCCCGUUCUCUUUCAGGACUGCUCCUACACGGUUUACGUUAGAACCAGACCGUUCUUCAGGGAAUUCAUGGAGAAGGUCUCUCAGAUAUUCGAAGUUAUUUUAUUCACGGCUUCAAAGAGGGUGUACGCCGAUAAGCUCCUAAAUCUACUCGAUCCCGAUCGGAAAUGGAUUAAGUACAGGCUAUUUCGCGAGCACUGCGUCUGCGUUAAUGGGAACUACAUAAAGGAUCUGUCCAUUCUGGGAAGGGACCUUUCCAAAACUAUUAUCAUCGAUAAUUCGCCCCAGGCGUUCGGUUACCAUCUUAACAAUGGUAUUCCAAUCGAGAGCUGGUUUGAGGACAGGAGUGAUUCUGAACUUUUGAAGUUGUUACCGUUCCUCGAAAGCCUCGUGCAAGUGAGAGAAGACGUCAGGCCUCAUAUCCGGAAUAAGUUCAAGCUGUUCAGCUACCUACCUCCAGACUAGGAACAGAUCACUAUAGACAAUCUCACUUAAGUAUAAAAAUACUCCUAUUUUUUUUUUUUUUGUUAAAAUUUGGUGUGUUAAAGUACUGACUAACGUAAAUUUCCUUUUAAAUUGAUCUAAAUUACGCAACUGAGGUGCCUUUUUUGGAACGUAUUUCGUAGUUUUUAAAUUAUUUGUCAUUCAAAUAAAAAAAAUGUACGUUUGGACGUAAUUAGCAGUGAACGAAUUCUAGUGCAAUAAUCGUGAAUUUAUGUGAUGAGAGGAAUAUUUAUUUUAAAUAUGAGUUCGCGGGGUAGCUAGGCGGCUGAGGACAUUGUACAGUGUUGGUCAGUAUUUUAAAAGAGUUGCGGAUAUAUAUAUUUAGAAGUGAAAAAGUCUUUUAUUGAAAUGUAUAUAGGGGAUCAAAAUUAGAAUUUUAGAUUUCUUGCCAUAAAAAUGAAACUAUAGAUUAGAUGCAAUAUUAAGCACAAAAAAAAAGUAUUUUAUUUGUUGUUUGUUAUAUUUUAUAAGCGUAUACGUAAGUAUUAUAUCUUCAUGUUGUAACGUUUUAUAUUUUAUUAUGAAUCAUUAUUGUUUCGUGAUAGGAAAUUUAUUGCCCAUUUUCCUAGUUUCAGUUCGUUAGAAGAUAAUUUAAAAAAAUGAAAACAACAUUUAAUAUUUUGUAUACGAAGAGGAGUCACUAUUUCUGUUCCUACGACCAUCUUCAAGAACUCUUUAACACAACACAUUACCGAUUUUAUUGAAUAUAGAAAUAUAGAAUUGUAAAAGAAGUCUUAAUGUGCCCUUCCACGUUGUCCAUUUUUUUUCUUUUUCAGUUACCAGUUUACUGUUUUCGCAAUUUUUUUAACCCAACGCAAACUCGUGUAAACUUAGCAUUCGAUCACAAUCAGUACAGAACUUUCUAUCUUCAAUAAAGAUUGUAGCAUAUCGUUAAAAUAGAUACCCACACAUAUUAGCAGGCCGUGUCCUAUUUAGUUGUUAUAUCUUUAUUUAUAUAAGAAGAAUUAUUAAUUUUGCCGGAGAUAUUACCAGCGGGACACUAGUGUAAGGUCACAUCGUUUCAUCCCACUGAAGUUCGUUGCAGUCGUUACAAAAACUGCGGCAGGAACUAUGUCGAAUUGUUCUCCAACGUAAGGCUUUAAUUUUUUCCGAAUUUAUGUUUGCAGACGUUAAACGGUUUCAGUAGCUAUUUGGUUAUAGGCGUAAUUUAUUUUUGUAUCUUUAAAGUUUUUAAUUUGGAGUUUUCAUUUUAUUCUAUGAAUAUUAGUUUUUGUACUUAACGAAUAAAUCGAGUACAUAUUAUCCUUAUAUUUUUUUCAAGGAUUCCAAUUACAUUCGAAACGGUACGGUCACAUUUGAAAAUGUUCAAACGAGUAUUGGACAAUUGAUACAAUUAAAAUAGAUCUAAAAAAUUUGCUGUUUUGUAGUAAAUGCAAUUUUACGUUUUCUUUUUAAAGGGAAUUUUUUAUUUUUUACAGUGUUUUCUUAUUGUUAUAUAUGUAAACUUUGUUUUCACUGUUACUUUUAAUGAUUACUAUGUAGGU